AUAUUUUUAUAAUGUUUUCAUUUUAAAAUGUUUGCCAUUGCUUUCAGUUUGUCCAACAGGAAGAUUUGGCCACAAUUGUAGAAAUGAGUGCCACUGCAUGGACAGUGCUGAACGAUGUGACAGUGUUCAUGGAAGAUGUCAGUCUGGGUGUGCCAGGGGCUGGUCAGGCUUAGACUGCCAGACAU